GAUGACGAAACAGGAAACCACCUCAGCCCUAGGUUGAAGGGUUAACUGCAGGCGCUGCUGAGCUUUGAAACUGCGUUUGCGUUAAGGAGCGUGUAGGGGAACCCGAGAAGAGGGGAUGAUGCUGAUAUUACGGCCGACGGCGUUGUGGGUCUCGAAAGGGCGGGUGGUUUCCCAAGGAAGGAAGUUUUCGGGGGCUCUGCACCAACAAGGUAAAGGCCAUGUUGAUGAAUCUUCACUCCGGCCAUUAUAUAUGGACGUCCAAGCAACAACCCCUAUGGACCCAAGGGUUUUGGAUAGCAUGCUGCCUUAUCUUGUGCAUUACUAUGGCAACCCACACUCUAGAACUCAUGCAUAUGGUUGGGAAAGUGAAACUGCAAUGGAAAAAGCCAGACAGCAAGUUGCAUCAUUAAUAGGAGCAGAUCCUCGAGAAAUUAUUUUUACCAGUGGGGCCACAGAAUCAAACAAUAUAGCAAUUAAGGGUGUUGGAAGAUUUUAUAAAUCCAGAAAGAAACAUAUAAUUACAACACAAACUGAACACAAAUGUGUGCUAGAUUCUUGUCGUGCCCUAGAAGCUGAGGGCUUUCGAGUUACUUACUUGCCUGUAAAGAAAAAUGGCCUUAUAGAUAUAAAGGAACUGAAAAAUGCAAUAGAACCUGAUACAAGCCUAGUGUCGAUAAUGACUGUAAAUAAUGAAAUAGGAGUGAAACAGCCAAUUAGUGAUAUUGGUGACAUUUGCAGUUCCAAUAAAGUUUUUUUUCAUACAGAUGCUGCACAGGCAGUUGGAAAAAUCCCUCUGGAUGUCAAUGAUAUGAAAAUUGAUUUAAUGAGCAUAAGUGGCCAUAAAAUUUAUGGUCCCAAAGGGGUUGGUGCAAUUUAUGUCCGGCGGCGACCAAGAGUAAGAGUGGAACCUAUACAGAGUGGAGGAGGUCAAGAGCGAGGAUUACGUUCUGGAACCGUGCCAACUCCAUUAGUAGUUGGCCUUGGGGCAGCUUGUGAAUUGGCACAAGAAGAAAUGGAGUAUGACCAUAAACGAAUUAGCUUAUUAGCUGAUAGGCUAAUUACAAAAAUAAUAUCAGAAGUUCCUGAUGUUGUAAUGAAUGGAGACCCAAUGGAUCGUUAUCCAGGCUGCAUCAAUUUAUCAUUUGCGUAUGUGGAAGGGGAAAGCUUGCUGAUGGCCCUGAAAGAUGUGGCACUCUCUUCUGGAAGUGCUUGUACAUCUGCAUCUUUGGAACCAUCAUAUGUAUUACGUGCUAUUGGAACAGAUGAGGAUUUGGCUCAUUCAUCCAUAAGAUUUGGAAUUGGACGUUUUACUACUGAAGAAGAAGUAGAUUAUACUGUAAAUAAAUGCAUACAACAUGUGAAAAGAUUAAGAGAAAUGAGCCCGCUGUGGGAGAUGGUACAGGACGGAAUUGAUUUGAAGAGCAUUAAAUGGACACAGCAUUAAAAUACUUAUAUAUCAGACUGCAUGGUUGUGGAUUAAAUGUUUCUGUACAUUCCUGAGGAAAAGUAUAUAGUUUUAAGUGUGCAAUUCCUGUGUGACCAGUGAAAUGCAUUUUUUAAAUACAGAGCCUGAAAACUAAUUCUAAGACAAGAGUUUUGUUUUGUGCAUUAACUUUCACAUAAAGAAAUAUACAUGGACAUAAAGUAUGCUGACACCAAAUAAAAGUUGCAGUACUUUUAUUUUUAGAUGACCUUAUCACAGCUUGGUAUAAUGAGACUUCAGAACUGUAUCAUUGUGGGAAAAUGGUUGGUUUUGUUGGUCUUCUGUAAGCAUCAUGAGGCCAUUCUGAAUGUAUUUUAUCAUGUUACCUUGCAGAAAUAUAUUAUGCAUUCAGAAAUAAUGUUUCUUAUAGAAAGGAGUUUACUAAAUCCUACAUUUAUGCUUACGCACUGGUGCUUGUUAUGUAGCAAUGAGCAUGCUAAGCUAACUAAAUCUAUAGGUAGAUUUCCCUAUAUAAAGUUCAAAUGAAAGUGAAAGAAUUAAUGUUAUGUAUUUCAUGCAUUCAUGUAUUUCAUGUAAAAGCUGCACCGAUGCAAUUUUUGUGCUUAAACAAGUAAUAGAAAAUAAUAUGGAAUACAAUAAGAAUCUUUUUGUCGCAUUUGUAGACCAAGAGAAAUCAUUUGAUACAGUUCAUAGGAAAAUGUUAUGGUAAACACUGACCUAAUAUGGAGUAAGUUAACAUGUUAUUAGAGUAUGCAAAAGCUUAUAUAGUGAUUGCAGAAGUGUAGUCAGAACAAACCUAGAAAUAUCAGAACCUUCACAGUAAUGUCCAGAAUAAAACAGGCAUUUGUACUGUCACCACUAUUGUUUAUCACCUAUAUUGACAGCAUAAGCAAAGAAGACAAACCCAAGAAUGGAAAUAAUAUCAAUGAACUCUGUAGUAGUAGUUUGUCUACUCUUUGCAGACAAACAGGCAUUGAUAGCAAGUACAGCUAGGAAACUGCAACAUUUUAUGUCGAUGAACCAAGAAUGCCAGACAAAUAAUAUGAGAAUUAGCAAAAACAGUAGUAAUAGCAAUUGAAAGAAAAAAGCAUACCCUUCUAUAGUAAAAUGAAAGUCACCAUGGAAAUGAAAUGUUUGAGGAAAGUUGCUGGAGUGACCAGAAGAGAUAAAAUCAUAAUGAGACUAUAAGAGAAAGAAUUGGCAUAGAACCAAUCUUGUUACACACAAAAACAGCAAAGUGGUUUGCUUGCCUGGAGAGGAUGUUGUGAGAUUCCAUACUGUACAGAGCAUUUACAAAAAGAGGAGAAAAUCAAAGAACAUGAAGCAGACCAGAAGAAGAUGGAGAGACAGUAGUACAACAUCAAUUAAUAAUGGUUAAGCCAGCCAGAAAAGGAGAGGAUAGAAAGGGAGUAAAGGAGGAUGAGACAGAGAAGAAUUUCAUGCAGUCAACAUGUUGAUUUUUAAAGGUGAUAUAAGAGAAUGCUGGGUUAAAAACAAAUUUGUUUGGAAAUUGCCUGCUCUUUUUGUUUGCUCAUAUUCAUUCAAAAAUAUUUGUUACCGUGUUUCCCCGAAAAUAAGAUUAUAUUAUAUUAUAUUUUUUUGAACCCUGAAAUAAGCACUUGGCCUUAUUUUCAGGGAGGUCUUAUUAUUUUGGAGCACUUGGAACAAGAUGGGGCUCCUCUUGCCCUCUUACCUGAUUUCCAGCUCUGUCUCCCUAACCCUAACCAGACCAGCUGCGCAUGGAUUUAAAUAUUUUCAGGGAGGUCUUAUUUUCGGAGGGGGGUUUAUUUUUGGGGAGGUCUUAUUUUCGGGGAAACACGGCACUUUUUGCUUGACAAAGUGAUGAGGCUAACACCACUCACAUUCUGAGAUUCUAUUUGCUUUAGAUUGAAUCUUCUGUUAUUCUUCCUCCAAUAAUGCUGCUGCAGACUAUCACUGGAACCUGAAAUACUCUUGCUAUGUGGAAAGCAGUCAUCCUGAUUGCAUUCCAAGGUAUUUUUGUGAUAUCAUUCCAAUUAUUACAUCCAUGUUGUAACAGAUGGGAAGGGGGGAAUCCUAUGGAGGCCUAAUCAGGUUUAGCAUCCCUCACCCACUUUUGGAAGUUUUAUUCUGUUUGUGCAGGCAGAUGGGAGAUGGAAUAAAACUUAUAUUAAUCCUC